UGAAUUAACACAAUUGAUGAAUAACGUACUCAUAACAAAAGGCUAAUAAUGAAAAAACUAUACCAACUCUUAUGCAGAGUGCUAGGAAGAGAUUGUUGUCAACUGAAGUAAGCGAGCAUGGCAGAGAUUAUAGUAGAGCUUGUUAAAGACAGGCUGCUCUCAUUGUUGACCAAAGAAGUGAGCUUGUUGCAAGGUGUUGAUGAAGACGUUGGGGAAAUUGAGCGUGAGUUGGGGAGAAUCUUGUAUUUCAUAAAGGAUGCUGAUAAAAAGGCUGAAAGCGAAGGAAACGAAGUCAGUAAUGGUGCUAAAUCAUGGGUGCAAGAACUACGGGAAGUCUCAUUCGCAGUAGAAGAUGCUCUCACGGAAUACACACAUCAUAUGGCAAAAAAGCCAUGCCAUGAACAUCAACGGGGAUUUGUUGAAUGGCUGCGAGAAAUUGCUUGGUUUUCACCUUUCCGCUGCCUGGGGAUAAAUCAACAACGUGACUUGGUCUGGCAGAUAAAAAACUUAAAGAAGAGGCUUAUCAAAAUCCAUGACCGAGGUCAAACGUCUGGCUUUGUAAAUUCCACUCAACAACUAGGGUCCUCAAGUACUGUUGUUCAAAAUGUUGUUACUUCGUACGACCCUCAAAGGGCCUCUCGGUACCUUCACGAAGAUGAUGUCGUGGGUAUUGAAUCUGCUCGAGAUGAAUUGGUUCGUGUUUUGCUAGAUGAGUCAUCCCAAAGCAAAGUCAUCCCAGUGGUUGGCAUGGCAGGAUCGGGGAAGACAACUCUUGCCCAACAAGUUUAUAAUCAUGUGCAAGCAAAGUUUCAAUGUCAUGCAUGGGUUCAAGUGCCUCAACCGUAUAAGAAAGAGGUGAUACUGAGGGCCUUGGUAAUGGAGCUUUUUGAGUCGGCUAAAGCCCUUGUUCCUAGUGAAAUUCAUACAAUGGAUGAGGGAAAACUCACAAAUAAGUUGAGAGAAUACCUGAAAGACAAGAAGUAUCUUUUGAUCUUCGAUGAUGUUUGGAAAGAAGAUUUUUGGGGCGACCUCGAACAUGCCUUGUUCAAUGAUGGAGUUGGUGGAAAAGUAAUGUUGACAACGCGAAACAAGCAGGUGGCAGAGUUUUGCAGAAGCUUGCCCAUUGUCCACGUCCACGAAAUGCAAUGUUUGCCCACAGAAAAGUCUUGGGAACUCUUUUGUAAGAGGACUUUCAAACCGGAUUGUCAAUGCCCUGCGGAAUUAGAGGAUAUUUCUCGCAAGAUUGUUGAAAGAUGUGAAGGUCUACCUCUCGCAAUUGUAGUAAUAGCGGGUCUUCUAUCAACGAAAAGUAAGACCAUCAAUGAGUGGACAAGAUUCAAUGCCAUCCUCAUUUCAGAAUUGGAGGUUAAUGUUCAUUUACCA